UAAAAUAUUUAUUCGUUGACUCAAUAUAAUAAAACAUUAUGGCAGCAGUGAAAGCUUUAAACUUAGACCAGAAAUCUCAACGUAAAUUCAUCGAUUACUACAAUGAAAAAUUCACCGAUACUGAAAAUGUUAUUUUUCGUGUUUUUGAGCGCCAAAACGGUGAAUUUUACUCAAUUCACGGUAAAGAUGUUGAUAUGGCAUUGAAAACCAGCUUGAAAUCUAUGAUAAUUGUCAAAAAUAUGGCUCCUGAUGAACUUCAAAGUCUUAAAUAUGCUUCGUUCAAUAAGAAUAUUUUUGAAAAGUUACUAAGAGAACUUCUACUUGUCAUCGGCUACAAAGUAGAAGUUUACACAAGUCGUAGAUCUGAAGGAAAAAGCGAUUGGAUGUUAGAAUUCAAAGGAUCUCCUGGUAAUUUAGCCCAAUUUGAGGAUGUGCUUUUCAACUCUAACGAACCAGAAAUAUUUACAAACUUGUUGAUGUCGAUUCAAGUUAUUUCAAGCCAACAACAAAGAAAAAUCGGUAUAGCAUGCAUCGAUGCAACAGAACAUCUCAUUUCAGUAGCUGAGUUCGAAGACAAUCCAUUCCAGACAGAACUUGAAGCUGCUGUUGUUUUAGUAUCACCUAAAGAAUGCAUUUUACCAUCAUUAAUGGGCGAUUACGAGAAGAUUGUUGACGUCUUAAAUCGCAAUGGUGUUCUUGUCACGCAAAAUAAGAAAACUGAAUUUCAAAAUAAUGUUGAAUUUCAACAAGAUUUAGAGAAACUUGUGAGAUUCAAAAAAGGUCAGAAGAAAACGAUUCAAACAAUUCCUGAGAUUAAAUUAGAUCUUGCUAUGGGUUCAGUUGCUGCUGGUAUUAAAUAUUUGGAACUUAUCAAGAAUGAAAUGAAUUUGGGACAAUUCUCAGUGAAAAGUUUAAAUUUAAAAAGAUUUGUUCAUCUCGAUGCUGCAGCUGUUUAUGCAUUGAAUCUUUUUCCACCACCUGAUGUUAAUUAUCGUUCAUCGCUUUAUAAAUGGCAGAGUGUUUUAGGCGUUCUCGAUCGAUGUAAAACCAACCAAGGUCGUCGAUUACUGAAUCAAUGGCUCAAACAACCAUUAAGAAACAUCGACAUGAUUCGUGAACGACAGAAUGUUGUUGGAUAUUUCGUUGAUAAUCAGGAAGUUAGAAGUUCACUCCAUAACGAUCAUCUCAGUGCUAUUCCCGACGUAUUAAUCUUAAACAAUAAACUCACAAGAAAGCGAGCAAAUCUUCAAGAUGUCUUUAAAAUUUAUCAAGUGAUUCUCCGUCUACCGGAAAUUCUUGAACUUCUUAAAGAUACAGAAAAUUCUUCAGUGAAGACGGCAGUUUUCGAACCAUUUAUUGAUAUUCUUAAAGAUCUCAAAAACUUUGAAGAAAUGGUUGAAGAAGUUCUCGAUUUAUUGGCAAUUGAAAGAGGAGAAUACUUAAUUAAAGCUUCUUUUGAUGAGAAACUUAAUGACAUAAAGGAAAAUAUGAAUUCGAUUGAGUCAAAAAUAAGAAAAGAAACCAGAAGAUGUUCACAAAUUUUAGGAUUGGAAGAAGGAUCGUCAUUUAAGCUAGAUUAUGUUUCACAUAUUGGCUUUCAUUUUCGAACAACUCGUAAAGAAGAUCAAAAGCUUCGUCAACAAAAGAUGUUUAAAAUUAUUGAUACUGCACGAGGUGGCAUUAGAUUCACUACAUCGACAUUGGAAAAUUUUAAUUCAGAUUUUUCUGAAUUAAAGGAAAGUUAUGAAGAACAGCAAAAAGAUAUUGUACAAGAAAUUGUAAGAGUUGCUUCAGGAUAUUCAACACCAUUAAUGAACCUUAACAAUUUACUUGCAACACUCGACGUUUUUGUUUCUUUAGCUGAAGUAGCAACGAACUCUCCAGGUGAAUAUGUUCGUCCUAAAAUGUAUCCUGAAAAUGAAAGAAUUUUGAGUGUGAACACUUUAAGGCACCCAUGUUUAGAGUGUCAGGAUGACAUUAAUUUCAUUCCCAAUGAUGUCAAUCUGAAAGAAAAUGAUACGCAUAUGUACAUCAUAACUGGUGCUAACAUUUCUGGAAAAUCAACAUACAUUCGUUCAAUUGGAGUUGCUGUCUUGUUAGCACAUAUUGGAUCAUUUGUGCCAUGUGAAGAAGCUCACAUUUCGAUUUGUGAUUCAAUCUUAGCCCGUGUUGGCGCAAAUGACAAUAUUCAGAAAGGUCUCAGUACUUUCAUGGUUGAAAUGGUGGAAACAUCUUCAAUUUUACAAACAGCAACAGACAAAUCACUUGUCAUCAUUGAUGAGCUUGGUAGAGGAACGUCAACAUUUGAGGGACUUGGACUUGCAUGGUCGAUUGCAGAAUUUUUAUUAAAAGAAAAGAAAUGCUUCACAUUUUUUGCGACACAUUUUCAUGAGAUUACUGCAUUGGCUGAGAAACAAAAAACAGCAAAGAAUUAUCAUCUCGCAGCCAUUACAGACGACAAUCGGUUGACAUUAUUGUUUCAAGUUCGUCCUGGUCCCAUUGAUCGUUCGUUUGGUAUUCAAGUUGCAGAAAUUGCUCAACUUCCUUUAAAUGUUCUUAAUGAUGCGAAGAAAUUCUUGAAAGAAAUUGAAACAGAACAGCAUACAUUAUGUCAAAAUAACCAAAAAUUAGUUAAAAUUGAUGAAAUGUUAAAGAAAAUUAAAGAAGGAAUGGAAUUUGAUGUGAAAAUGCUUGAAUGUUUAUAAGCCUCACUAAAUAAAUCUCAAGCAUAUUUUUGAAACAAUUACAUAUAUCAAUAUAUACAUUUAGAGUAGUUUUCCAUCAUUUGCCAAAAAUCAAUUGCACAAUUUACAAAUAUGUACCUAUAUAUAAAUAAAACAUAAGAAAAUAAAUUAAAAUAGAU